AUGCACAAUUUUUACGAAGUAUUUUCUCCAGAGACGGUCAAACCUGUAAUGGUCUCCAUAGCCUCUUUAUAUCUCGCCUGUAAAACGGAGGACUUCUCUAGGAAAUUGUCCUUACUGAUAUCUGUGGCUUAUGGUGUGUUUAAAAAAACCGCGCCUGCCGAAUCGUCAUCUACGUUUCGACGGAUCGUUCAGAAUAUCCACGCGCUCGAAAGCACUAUCCUAAUGGUUGUUGGCUUCCAGAAAAUGGAUGUCAAGCACCCGCAUGUGAUUCUUAUCAAUGUUCUCCGCCAGAAUGAUUUCCCAAAACAAGUUUCCCAUACAAGCUACUUUGUGUGCACCCAUAUACUUCACUUCACAACUCUUCUUUUGCAUCACUCCAUGGAAGCUAUCGCUGCCACUAGUUUAUACGUUGCUGCCAAGUGGAAUAAUUACGAUAUCAAAAGUGAAGAUGGAGAAUGGUACCGGUUGUUUUCGCGUGACCUCACGCUGGAGGAGAUUCGGAAAAUGGCCGAUGAAUUUACUCAGGCUUUUCAGGCAUGUGAUGUCAAAAUAAAAAACCAGGUGAAGAACACAUUGAAAAUGAAUUUCAAUCGUCACCACGCACGUGAAGAUCCCACGAUACAGGCUCGGAGAAUGAAUGAACCAGGAAGGGCUUACAAUCGAUCUGAAAAGCGGCCUUAUGAAUCUCAGACCACGUUAAAUCAGCGGCAGCAUGUGAAAAAUAUGUUCCCUCCAUCUAGCGGUGGUGUAUUUUCAACCAAUAGUCAACAGCUGUUGGCGGCUAGUGGUAAUAUCUACGAUGAUUCUCGAUCGCGGAUGAAAGUGCCACGUGUUUGUUCGCCAAAGUCACAGCCACCACCUCAAAUUCACAAUCAAAAUCCCUUCCCUGUUGCUUCCCAUCCCGAUUCUGCGUCUGCAUUUAAGCGCGAGGAGGCUCCAAAGCACCCUGACAGUGUCGGAGCCUCCUACCCGUCAGUUACUUCGCGCUCCUCCACGACCUCAGCUGCAAGGAACGACCUCUCAACUGUACCCGCCGUCCGGUCCACAGCAAGCACACGGCUUUCUGUAGUCCGCUGCACCAUGCAGUGGGAUGAGGUUUCACAAUCCCAUUUUACAAGUCUCUACAUGUUUCAGCAAGCCAUCGCUGUGGACUAUGUCAAGAACCUCAUGAACUUUUCCCUCGUCUGCCAAGCUUAG